AUGUUGAUCAUAAAGAAAGUUCGUAAAACGGUAAUUGCCGGACAAGAUGAUCAUUGUAAACGAUAUCAGUUUAAGUUAAGGCAAAUUAAAUCAGCUAUCGACAUGAGUCCUCCCAAAAAUAGAUCUCAUGUUAUUUUCAAUGCAAAACGAGCGCAAUUAGAGCGAGAAAGACAAGCACAGAUUCUGAAGGAUAAUUUUAUUCUUUUACAAAAACUUACUGCCAUUAUGUAUCGUAAACAAAUCAAGGAUGAAUAUCAACGAUUGAGAUGGCAAGAAUCGAAAUGUAUAAAAAUACACUGAAAUUAUUAAAAAGAUUGCCGUAAUAUUCGAGUUUUAAAUUGUGU